AUGUUCUUUCUCUACAAUCUGGAACGUAGGGUCACCCUGCACCCAUCGUUCUUCGGUCGCAACAUGCACGAUCUCGUGACACACAAGCUCCUAACCGACGUCGAGGGCACAUGCGCCGGCAGCUACUUCAUCAUUUCCAUCAUGGACACCUUUGACAUCUCCGAGGGCCGCAUCCUCCCUGGAAACGGCCUCGCAGAGUUCACAGUUGGCUAUCGCGCCGUCGUAUGGCGGCCCUUCAAGGGCGAGACGGUCGAUGCAGUCGUGUACUCGAUCAACCCUCAGGGUUUCUUUGCUCGAGCAGGACCACUGCAACUAUUUGUAUCAGCGCAUUUGAUUCCCAGCGACAUCAAGUGGGAUCCCAACGCGACACCACCCCAAUUCACCAACAAUGAGGACACAGUCAUUGAGCCCGAUACCCACGUUCGCGUAAAAAUCAUUGGUACCAGGACCGAGGUCGGAGAGAUGUGGGCUAUUGGCAGCAUCAAGGAGGACUACUUGGGGUGCCUCCAGGAUUAA